UUUUAUAUAACUUGAAGGCGGUUUAAACCAGUUCGACAAAGACACAGAAGAAAGAGCGUAAGUAAUCAGUCGUACGUUGUAGUUGUGCAAGAAGAACCUGUGGUAAACAAAAUGGAAAGAAGAGAAAGAGGAACAAGAGUUUUUGUUGGAGGUCUUACUGAAGAUAUUCAGAAGGAAGACUUAGAGGAGGAGUUUGGUAAGGUUGGGAAAAUAGUCAGCGUUUGGGUAGCAAGGAAUCCUCCAGGUUUUGGAUUUGUUGAAUUUGAUGACCGUGCAGAUGCAGAUGAAGCAGUAAAUUCCAUGAAUGGUCAACUCAUUCAUGGAACAAAAAUCAGAGUAGAUAUGGCAAGAGAAAGACGUGGUAGAGGGGGAGGAAGAGGAGGUUUCCAAGGAGGAAGAGGUUUCCGUGGUGGAUUUGAUAGGCGAGGACCAUCAUAUGACUCGUACAGAGGAGAUGGCGGAUUUAAUCGUAGAGGUGGUGGAUACAGAUAUAAUGAAGGAGGCUACGGAUCUGGAUCAAAUUAUCGUAGCAGAUCCCCAAUGGGUAACAGAUACUAAUUUUCACAAUGUCUACUGAGUAGAAGUUCUGCACCAAGUCGAUUCAGAAGUAUGGUCAUCGCGUCUGUGAAUGUCCUUGUUUACAAGGGCUGUAUAUUUCUGCAACUGACUUGUUUCACCACCAAUUUUUGAUCUUUGAGUGUCAUCUGAUGUUGCCGUCUUCUAGCUUUCAGUUAUGUUUAUGAAGUUAAAAAUUCACAUAUCUAUCAUUAAAAAUUACCAGAAUUCUUGUAUUAGUCAACGUAAUGGCCAAGCUUGCAAGUGUUUUUGAUGUACAGUUUCAGUGAAAGUUGACAACCUAACCUGUUCUUAAGUCUGUUUGCAUGACUUUUUAUCCUGUAUGGCUAAUAUGAUAGAAAACUUCAGUUUUUACAAGUCCCAUAAUAAUGAUGAUAGUCAUGCAUUUAGACUUAAAUUGAUAUUUCUUUUAUGUUCAUGUAUUAAACAGCCCUGUUCGCUCUGACAUAAAUUAGUAAUAAAAUUCGACUUGUCUUAAUAUCAA